AUGGCGAUGAAGAACCACAUUGGAGGCAUCAGAAAAGCAGAAAAGACUGAAUCAAUAUCAGAUUGUAAGCCUUCAGGUUUCAAUUUCUACUCUGAUUUCAACGACGGCCACCGGCCGCCGGCGGCAAUUCCCUGUGACUUUCCUCUUCACUGCCUUUUCAUCCUUCUUCCUCCAUCAACGCGCUAUCUAAAGGAAAUGGAGGGCAUUCAGAGGAAAAUAGGAGAGAUGCCUAUGAAUCUCUCUUAUUCUUCUUGCAACAGAAAUGACAAGGAAAAAGAUCUCAACGUUCAAGUUGUUCUCCGGUGCAGACCAUUGAGUGAGGAAGAAGCAAUUUGCCGCAUGCCGACCGUUAUAUCCUGCAAUGAGUUAAGGGGAGAAGUCUUGGCAAUCCAGAAGAUUGGAAACAAGCAGAUCGAUAGAACUUUUGUGUUUGAUAAGGUUUUUGGCCCCACAGCCAAACAAAUGGACUUAUUCUCUCAGUCUAUCUCUCCUAUGGUUAGCGAAGUUCUCCAAGGCUUUAACUGCACAAUUUUUGCUUACGGGCAGACUGGCUCAGGAAAGACUUACACCAUGGAAGGAGAGAAAAAGACAAAGAACGGGGAAUUCUCCAGUGACGCAGGUGUAAUUCCAAGGUCAGUUCAGCAAAUUUUUGAAGAACUUGAAGCAGAAUUCACAGAAUACAGUAUGAAAGUUUCUCUUCUAGAGAUUUAUAAUGAGGAAAUAAUAGAUCUUCUGGCUCCUGAUGAGUGGGAGUCAUCAGAUGAUAAGUUGACGAAACCUAUAGCUCUAAUGGAAGAUGGAAAAGGAGGUGUCUUUGUGAAAGGAAUGGAAGAGGAGAUAGUCCGUUCUGCGGAUGAAAUAUACAGAAUAUUAGACAAAACUAGCGCAAGAAGGCAGACUGUUGAAACACUACUAAACAAGCGAAGCAGUCGUUCUCACUCCAUAUUUUCAAUCACAAUUCACCUCAAAAAGUUUACUCAAGAAGGAGAAGAAGUGAUCAAAACUGGAAAGCUCAAUCUUGUGGAUUUAGCUGGUUCAGUGAAUGUUUUAAGAUCAGGUUCUGUAGAGGGCAGAGCAAGAGAAGCUGGAGAGAUAAAUAGAAGUUUGCUUACACUUGGUCGUGUUAUUAACGCACUUGUUGAGGAAUCCAGCCAUAUUCCUUACAGAGAUAGUAAGUUGACAAGAUUGUUGAGGGAUUCCUUGGGAGGAAAAACCAAGGCUUGCAUCAUUGCAAACAUUUCACCUUCGAUUCAGUGUUUGGAAGAGACACUUAGCACAUUAGAAUAUGCUCAUCGUGCAAGAAGUAUCAAGAAUAAACCAGAGAUCAAUCAAAAAAUUAUGAAAUCUGUACUGAUGAAGGAUUUAUACUGUGAGAUUGAUCGUCUUAAAAAAGAAGUAAUUACUACAAGAGAGAAAAAAGACAUGUAUAUUCCGGGGAAUAUCUUCCUUCAAGAAGGAGAAAAGAAGGACAUGGCCGAGAAAAUGGAGCACAUACAAGUAGAAUUGGAGUCCAAAGAUAAGCAAUUAAUUGUGCUUCAAGAACUCCAUGAUUCUCAACAACAUUUGACUGCAGAGUUAAUUGAAAAAAUUGAAAAUAGUCAGAAUAAAUUGAAAGGAUGUGAAAAGGUGAUACUCGAUCAAGAAGAACAAUAUCAAAAGGCAAAGUACGCAAUAAGAGAAAAAGAGCAUUUGAUAAUGCAGAUGCUUCAUUCAGAGAGAGUACUUGUUGAGCACGCCAAUUGUCUUAGAUCUGAGCUAGAUUUUGCUGCUUCUGAUAGGUCUGAAUUAUUCUGUAAAAUCGAACAUAAAGAUAAUAUAGCAGAGAGGAACCAAAUCAUUGUGCAGAGGUUUCAAUCGCAGUUGACUGAACAGCUUCAUACUAUGCAUAAAACUGUCUCAACUUCUGUGAUGCAACAAAAGAACCAACUAAAAGAAAUAGAAGAAGACAUGCAAUCAUUUAUAUCUGUGAAGGCUGUGGCUACUAAAGAACUUGAAGGAUUGGUUGAUAAAUUGAAAGAUCUUUAUCAAUCUGAUAUUACAACAUUGGAUGGUUUGGCAGGAGAACUAGAUCACAAUUCUCAAGUAACUUUUGGGAAAUUGUAUUCACAAGUACUAACACAUUCUACUUCUCUAGAUGAUUGCUUUAAAAGAAUUGCAUUCGAGGCAGAUUAUUUGCUUAAAGAUCUUCAAAAUAACCUCUCAAAACAAAAAUUCAAACUGACCGAUUUUGUACAGCUGCAACAUGAGAGAAAUUUAAGAACUGUGGAGGCAACACGUGCCAUUUCAGAUACUGUCAGUAGUUAUUUCCAUAAUGUAGAAGUUCUUAUAUCUAGAUUGAGCAAAAUCUUGGAAGAAACAAAGACUUCACAGUACCAACAAUUAAGUGAGCUGGAGAGGAAGUUCGAGGAGUGUGCCGAUUAUGAAGAAAACCGAUUGGUAAAGAAGGUGGUGCAGAUGCUGAUGACUUCAAAAACAAAGCAGAAAAAGCUGGUUCAAGCAGCAUUUGACAUUCUUAGAGAAAGUGCUGCUGAUAGAGCAACUAAUCUACAAAAAGAAAUAUCUAAUGCUCAAAAUUUAACAUCAUUGACUAAAGAGCAAUGGAAGCUUUACAUGGAGGAAACUGAAAAUAAUUACCAAGAGGAUAUUGUUGCAGUGGAAAGCAGAAGAUGCAGCUUGGAAGAAGGUCUGAAAGAUUGCAUACAAAAGGCUGAAAUGGAUUCACUACUAUGGGAAAAUGCUCAGGAUUGCUUGUUGAGCUUGGGGAGAGCGACCAUAUCAUCAAUGGAAUCGAUUGUAAGGAAUGGAAUGGAGGUCAAUCAGCUACUACGAGCUAACUUUUCUUCUACAGCCACAACUUCACUUGAGGACUUUGAUGUUUGCAGCAAGAAUCUUCAUUCCUCGUUUAACUGUUAUCUGAAACUUCACAAUGAUGCAUCUGAGAACAUCAAUUCCAUCAUCAUUCCAUCUCUUAAGGACAUUUGGGAUCUAAAGAAUGGACACUACCACAAGAUUGUUGAGAUCACAGAUUGUGCUGAUAAGUGCUUGGAACAGGAGUACAUGGUAAGCAUAUUAACUACACAUCAUUUGUUUCGGUUUCAAGGUUAUGAUGGAUCAACAAAUUGAGGUAAAAUAUAUAAUAUGCCAUUAAUCUUUUCGUGAAUAUGAAUUUUUGGUAGUAAGAAAAUCAUUAAUAUUUAAAUGAUAGAAAUGAGAAUUUUAAAAUGAACAUGUGCAAAAUUAGAAAAAAUAGAUUGAGUUUUGUUAUACCAAAUGGAUGAUCAAAGUUAUUAUGACUUUGUUUGGGACAGCUUUUUUACUGCCUCUUGAACUAACUUUUUAGUAUAAAAAUUAAAAAUUUUGUAUUAAAAAUUUGCUUUAAGAAGUAGUAAGAAAGCCAUCCCAAACGAAGCCUAUAUAUAUUGAAGAUAAGGUAUUGAAAAAUAAGAUUAUGUGAUUUAGACAUGUAUAGUGAAGAGUGAAAAUGAAUUAAUAAGAUGGGUCGGCAAAAUUAAUGUCAAAGGACUAGAAAAGAUAAGAAAGUAAAGAAUACCGGCUGGUGAUGACUAAUGAAAAUUAAGAUUCUAAUAUCAGUUGUAAAUUGCACAGGUGGAUGCAUGACAUAUCUUUUUCAGCACUAAGAAAGAGGCGAAUCAACUUGCCCAUUGUGUCAUUGACAUUGGAGCUGAGAACAACUGACUUUGAAGAGCUCUUUGAAGGUUCUGGGAAUGUAAGUCUUUAUGUAAAAGCCUUGAAAGAUUCUAGAGUUCUCCUAACUACAAGAAAUUGAGAGAGAGUUCUACUUGAUUCAUUACUGAGAGUAUGUACAGAUUGCAGAACUUCAGACACAAGAGAAAGGGUCAUGAGGCCAUUUUGUGACAUAUUUUUUGAAUAAAAUUGGCGUGAGAUAGUUUUUCCACUUGAUUA